AUGUUACGCAUCUACACUCUGCAGGACUUCUUAAAGUAUCCAAACUUGGCUUUAAAUCUAGCCUGGUCCAACCCGUUUGCUUGGAGUGGCGCCCGCUCGUACAGUUAUCACAUAAUGUGGCUUAGACGCGCACUCUUCACAUUUGGCGCGCUAAAUUUGGUGUACCAAAAUUUUGGUAUGUUGAUUUAUCUUUUCAUGCCCAACGAAAGCAGCACCGAGUCCUUCAUUCGGCAAAUCACGGAAACUGGUUCCAUCAUGGGGCUGACAAUGGUGGGAGCUUGCAAUAUGUGCGUGCUGUAUUGGCAUGGAGGACGCAUUGCCGUGCUAAUGAAUGAAUUUCAACAGUUGUUCCCGACGAUGCACGCCCAACGGCGCGCCAAAUGUGAAAAACGCUUAAGAGGGGUCAAAAUUCCACAUCGUAUUGAGCACUUCGCCGCGAAAUCAAAUCUGCUCAUGAAGUACACCACCAUUUCUUACAUGUUUGCAUGGGCCUACUACAAUUCUCUACCCAUUGUGGAAUACCUGUACGAGUGGUUGACACCGGACGUAGAAUUGAAGUAUCACUAUCAGUCUAAUACCUGGUAUCCAUGGCAAAACAAUCAUAACACUCACUCGUUCAUUGCCUUUCUAGUGGCCUAUAUCUGUCAAAUGCAGUCAUCACUAACCGGCGUCGCCUUCAUCAUGGCCGCCGAAUUCAUUCUCUGCUUUUUCACUACGCAGCUACAAAUGCAUUUCGAUUACUUAGCCAUGGCACUGGAGACGAUUGAUGCAGGUGCUGCUAAUGCUAAUGAGGAACUAAAGUAUUUGAUUAGUUAUCACGAUAAGCUACUCAGCUAUGCCAAGGAGAUCAAUGAUAUCUUCAAUAUCUCAUUUCUGGUAAACUUUUUCACUUCAGCUGUAGCAAUUUGCCUGAUGGGUUUCUCCAUGGUGAUGAUCAGUUUGGUGCAUGCUUUCAAAUACUGCGUUGGUUUGCUGGCAUUUAUUUUAUUCACUUUUUUUAUCUGUUAUACGGGCAGCGAGCUAACCGACGUGAGUAACAAACUCGUAGGUGCCGCAUUCCAUGGAAAUUGGUAUGAUGGUAAUCUGGCUUAUCGGAAAAUGAUACUUUUCUUCAUUAUGCGUUGCCGCGUACCAGUUGUUUUGAGAGCAUACAAAUUCACCACAGUUUCAAUGCCAACAUUCACCACGAUUCUAAGGUCAUCAUAUAGCCUGUUCACAUUUUUCCAAGCUAUGGGCAAAUGA